UUGUUGCUUACAUGAAAAUGUCAAAAUUUUCAAAGUAAUUCUCCCUGUUUAUUAUAAUUUAUUAAAUUAGUGAAUUUACUAUUUUAUUAAAGAUUGUUUAAAUAAUAAUAAUUAUUAUUAUUAUUGAAAAAAAUAUCUAGUGAAAAAAUUUAGUAACGGCAAAGUGUUUUUAAUUUUGAGGUUAUGUUUCUGUGUAUAUGUUUUAUGGGAACGAUAAGAAAAGUAGCUCGUGAUAAUGUAUAUGUAAAUAAUUAUAAUAUUUAGAUUUUUAAAUAUUUUAAGAAAUAAAGUUAUACAUUUUUCAAAUUCAAUAGUCAAUAUGAAUAGAUUUGAAUUUGCAAUAUUGACAUUUUUGCCAAAUGAAGUUCAUUUACGAACUGACAGAAGAGUGAGUCUUUAUGAUGGUGAAAAUAAGACACACUUUGUGACCAGUGAUUUGGUCUUGACAAAUUAUAGAAUAUUUUGGGGCCGACCCAAUGAAGUUGACAAUCAAGGUUCCCGUUUGACAUUAUCGUUAAAAUAUAUUAUUUUCCUUGAGGAGGAAAAUCCUGGUGCUUUUUCAUUUAGUAGAAGUAAAAAAGUUGUUCUACAUCUCACCGAACCUGGACCAGAGAAAGGAAAGGGUCCACUAGAUGAUAGUGCAAAAAAUUAUAUUAAAUUAUCAUUUAAAGAGGGACUUGAUCCAAAUUUCAUUGUUCAAUUAUCAGAUGCUCUCACUCGACGAGCUUGGGAAUUAAUGCCACCAAUUGUUGAAACUCAACAGAGCGGUUCUAGUAGUGUGAAACGUUUACCGGAAAUAAAAACUCGCACUGGAAUCAUAGGAAUUGAAAGACAUUUACAGGAGAGACAAAAAGCUACGGAUCAAAGUAUUUCUAUGGCAUUUCAAGAUCUCAGGAAAUUAAUGGAAAUGGCAAAGGACAUGGUGAACAUAUCGAAGACCAUCUCAACAAAAAUAAGGGAACGUCAAGGCGAUAUCACGGAAGAUGAAACUGUGAGAUUUAAAUCAUACCUCAUGAGCUUAGGUAUCGAUGAUCCUGUAACAAGAGAUGCCUAUAGAAGUAGUAAUGAGUAUUUCAGACAAUUGGCAAGACAACUUGCGGAUAUUUUAGAAGAACCUAUUAAAGAAGUUGGAGGUAUGAUGACAUUAACGGAUGUUUACUGUAGAGUUAAUCGAGCUAGAGGUUUAGAACUAUUGUCACCUGAGGAUUUAUUGAAUGCAAGUCGACAACUUGGUCCAUUGGAUUUACCACUCGUGUUAAGAAUUUUUGACAGUGGUGUUAUGGUUCUUCAAAUUCGAUCUCUCGAUGAUGAAGCAGUUGUGGAAUCUAUUGCCGAAUUAUUGAAAGAUAGAGGAUCUAUUUCGGCUGAAGAAUUAGCUCAAUCUAAUGGAAUAUCUGUGACCUUAGCACGAGAGAGAUUAUUAGUUACAGAGAAAAAUGGAAAAGCAUGCCGAGAUGAUUCAAUCGAAUCAUUGAGAUUUUAUCCUAAUCUUUUUUUACAACAGGAUGUGUGAUAAUUUUGUGGGCUUAAAAAAUUAAUUUUUCGUAAAUAAACGAAUAAAUUCGUCAAUAUUAUUUUAAUAUGCCGAUAAAAAAAUAAAAAACUGCAAUUUUUGUGCCUUUUUAUAUAUAUUGUGCUUGUUCUUCAUUUUAAGAAAAAAAAAAUGUGUACAAUACCGAAAAUACAUUUAUUAUACCAAAAUUUUAA